AAUUAGCUCUUCAGGUGGAAGCUGAAUGUUCUAAAUAUUUAUAUAAAGGUCUGAAAAGUUUUUGUAUGUAUGGUGGUAGAAGAGAAGGACAAAUUCAAGGCAUUACCAAAGGUGUAGAUAUCAUUAUUGCCACUCCCGGAAGACUGAAUGACCUGCAAAUGAAUAAGUUUGUUAACCUACAAAGCAUAACCUACUUGGUCUUAGAUGAGGCAGAUAAAAUGCUAGAUCUGGGGCUUGAGCACCACAUUAAGAAAAUUUUGUUAGAUGUGCGCCCAGAUCGGCAGACUGUUAUGACAAGUGUGACUUGGCCAGAUUCUGUCCGUAGACUUGCACAGUCUUAUUUGAAAGAGCCUAUGAUUGUUUAUGUUGGCACUCUGGAUCCAGUUGCUGUAAACACAGUGAAGCAAAAUAUAAUCGUUACCACAGAAGCAGAAAAACGAGCUCUUAUCCAAGAAUUCCUAGAGAAUAUGUCACCCAAAGACAAAGUCAUAGUGUUUGUCAACCAAGAGCAAUGUGAUCGAGAGGACGCAUUAGAAGACUUUACAAGUGGAAAAGUGAAGAUAUUGAUUACAACUGAUUUAGCAUCCCGAGGCCUUGAUGUUAACGAUAUCACACACGUAUAUAAUUAUGAUUUCCCAAAAAUCACUGAAGAAUAUAUCCACAGAGUAGGGCGUACUGGAAGAGCAGGAAAGACCGGAACAUCAAUUACCCUUAUCACUCAAGAUAAUUCAAAGAUUGCCAAUGAAUUGAUUCAAAUUCUGAAAAGAGCAAAUCAGAGUGUCCCAGAAGUUCUUGUAGCGAUGGCCAAGCGAUGCAACUUCCAGAAACAAACAAGGGACACAGAAAAAAGACCAGGAAAGUCUUGA